UACAGAGAAUUCCAUACAUCUCCUGCUCAUCUGUUCCACAGUUUGAAUCUUUAGGCUGCUGUAGAAACGCAUUGGUGUCGUCAGCUCGGCGCAUGUUGACGCAGCGUUCUCCGGGAGGUGUGUGUGUCACUGUUUGCACGGAUAGACGCGCACAUCACGGGCUGCUUCUGCGUCUGUGUCUCUCCCUCCUCCCUCCAUCCAUCCGUCCAUCCUCCUCCUCCGUCUCCAGCAUCACUGACAGCCCGGAGACUAAACCAUCCUGAGGGUUUUUUCCUGAAUGAUCGGCUGCUUUAACUCAUAGUCGGAGGGUUUCCAAGGACAUCGGUGCGGCAGCGAUGUGCACGUCUGGCGGCUAGACGGAGACAGUGGGAGGCAGCAGCGUGGUCACAUCCCGGAACACUUCUCAGAGUAAGACAUCGGGGGAUCGGCGACACAUCCCGGGAAGCAGCGCCCAGCUCCAGCCUCCAUCGCCCCUGCUCUCCCCGCCUGGCUCUCGGAUGCGACGUCAUGAGUUGAUCGCGCCUGACAGAUGUUGCAUGGUUGCGGUUGCGCGGACGUAGAUCCUCCGCCUGUUCUCGCUGUUUUCGGGGUCGUUCGGUAAGAAAACAACACCGUGCGCUAAAUGUCCAGUCCUCGCUUUGUGCUCGCACACAUCGCAGCGUUCACCUAGUUUUUCUGCGUAAAAUGAUCCCUGGAUCCGCCGCAUCAAUGCUACCGUCUGCAGAAGCCGCGAAACUCUACCAGACCAAUUACGUCCGCAACUCCCGUGUCAUCGGACUCCUGUGGGCCAUCUUCACCAUCCUGUUCGGCAUCGUGAACGUGACCAUCUUCUCGCAGCCCUAUUGGAUCGGGGAUGGCGUGGACACGCCGCAGGUCGGCUACUUCGGCCUCUUCCACUACUGCAUCGGGGACGGAAUCUCCAGAGAGCUGGCCUGUCAGGGCAGCUUCACCGAGUUCGCCGCCAUCCCCUCCAGCGCCUUCAAGGCCGCCUCCUUCUUCGUCGGCAUGUCCAUGAUGCUCGUCGUCACCUGCAUCGGCUGCUUCAGCCUCUUCUUCCUCCUCAGCACCUCCACCGUGUACAAGAUCUGCGGCUGGAUGCAGGCAGCAUCAGGUGUCUGUCUGGUGCUGGGUUGUAUGAUCUAUCCUGAUGGCUGGGACAGCGACGAGGUGCGGCGGAUGUGCGGGGAGCAGACGGACAAAUACAGCCUGGGAGCCUGCUCGGUGCGCUGGGCCUACAUUUUGUCCAUCAUGGGCAUCCUGGAUGCGCUCAUCCUCUCUUUCCUGGCGUUCGUGCUGGGGAACCGGCAGGACGGACUCAUGUCAGAAGAGCUUCUGGCUGAGAGCAAGGAGGGAGGCAACGCCUAAACAAAUCAACAUCGUAAGUUCCUGAAUCUCCAUGUUUGUUAUCAUUAAGUCCCUCAACAUCAUAUAAAGUGUGGAGGCAGUCCAGGUCUGUGGAGGAGAGGAAUACCGUUGAACCAGCCAGCCUGCCUUUCACAUCUACCUGCCAAAUAAAAGAACCCUGUGUAACCCCACCCUGGAAGUCCAUCACAGUCCCUUUACGUCAGUCCCAGCACUUAGAUGGAGCCCAGCGCUCUCUUAUGUCAUUGUGUCUAUACGGAGCUAACCCAUGCACAACAUCACAUAGACCAUGGCGGGGGCAGAGACUGUUAUUCUGUUGAGAUGUGUAUGGAUGACCCACCACCUACCUGGGAAGGCACAGGGUCGACACCUGCAGUACGAGCACAGACACACACAUGCAUACACAUGUGCCGCCUCACUCAUGACCACAACAAUACAAUACAUUCAAACAAUACAUGAACAAAUUGUAAUGACAAAUAUUAGACUAUGUUAACACUUAGCUGUGUGUAUCAACGUCCAAACGUGUUUCCUGUUUUAUUUGUGAAAAGAAGAAACCGCUCAGUUUCAGAAAACAUUGUGUUGCUGUAAAUCUAUUGUGUUCCAUGUGUACGGUUUGACAAUGGAGUGAACGUUUUAUUUUCUUCUUUUGCUUCUUUGUUCCCCCUUAUUUACUGGAAAAAAAAGAUAUUAUAAACUGUUUUAUAAGAUUAUACCCCAAAAGA